UUUUGGCUCUCGGUUGUAGGGCAAGACAGAGCGGAACUCACCCGUCUUGUAGUGAAAGACAAGGCUUCUUCUUGCGCGAUUUGACAUGUCGACUCCAGUCACUUUGCACAUCUAUGACGUGUCCACCGACUCCAGGGUUGGAUCCAUCAAUGAAUAUUUGGAGGCCUUGGGCACGGGGGCAUUUCAUGCUGGUGUGGAAGUCAAUGGUUUGGAAUGGAGCUACGGCUACUCGCCCGACAACACCGGUGUGUUCAGUUGCCCUCCCAAAGGGUGCAAGGCCCACAAAUAUCGAGACUCCCUUAGCAUGGGAGAGACAGCGAAGUCGGCCGCUGAGAUCAAAGAAAUCAUUGAAACCCUGAAAGAAGAUUGGCUUGGCCUUGACUACGACUUGUUGCGCAAGAACUGCUGCCUCUUCAGUAAAGAGCUGGUGCAGAAGCUUGAGGUUGGUCCAGUGCCCAGCUGGGUGACAAACCUCGCCGCAGCAGGUGCCACGCUACAUGAUGGUCUGUUGAAAGGCAAGGAGUAUGCGGAUAAGGCAGCGAUCAUGGCAAAGGCCAAGGCUGGAGAGUUCGAUGAGAAGUACAACAUCAGCGGCACAGCUAAAGCAGCAGCCAAGGAAGUGUUGGAAGCAGCAGGGCGAUUCGAUGAACAAUACCGAGUGAGAGAGAGGGCACUUUUGGCAGCUGCACAUGCGAAGGCCAAGGCUGGAGAGCUCGGGCAGGCCAUGCAAGAUGAAGCUGCUGCACUCCACAAGGAGAUGGACACAGAUGGAGAUGGGCAGAUCAGCAUGGACGAGAUGAGAGCAUACCUGAAAGACAAGAUGGCAAAAGCACACCGCGCUGUCGACAAAGAUGGAGAUGGAAAGAUCACUUUUGAUGAAGCGAAAAGCUAUGCGGCAGAGCGAGCAGGGCAUUGCGGUUGUGAGGCCUGCACACUUCAGUAGGCAAUGGCUUGCCGAUGUGACGAUGUCGGUGAUACAUGCGUUCAUCGCCAAGGGCACAACGAUUGUAUGAUACCAUGACACCUAGAAGAGUCUAGAGGUACUGGCACUGGCUUUUGUAGUAGGCCGGGUUUUACGGAAGCCCUGCUCCAAUUGUGAGAUGUUUUUUUGCAUGGAACUGGCACUGUCCACAGCAGUCAAUGGAUGCUGCGAU